GGGCGGUGCUGACGCUCGCGCCGACGCGCCGGACGUCGGGCACGUUGACGCCGGCGACGCGCCGGGCCCGGUUCUCUGCGCUCGCCAGUGUCCCGCGGCGGCGGGCCGGCCUUCGUGACGAGCGGGGCGGCGGGCCCGGGGGCCGGGCGAGGACGCAGCCGCGGGGCUGCGUAGGUCGGCCCGCAGCCGGCCGCCGCCCGAAGGCCGCCGCAGAGCCCCGGAGCCGCGCCUGCCGGCCAAGAUGAUGUGCGAGGUGAUGCCGACCAUUAGUGAAGCAGAAGGCCCCCAAGGAGGAGGUGGGAGCCAUGGGUCAGGCUCCCCUUCACAGCCAGACGCUGAUUCGCAUUUUGAGCAGCUCAUGGUUUCCAUGCUGGAAGAACGAGACCGCCUCCUGGACACACUGAGAGAGACACAAGAAACACUGGCGUUAACCCAGGGGAAAUUGCAUGAAGUUGGUCAUGAAAGAGAUUCUUUGCAGAGGCAGCUCAACACUGCACUUCCACAGGAAUUUGCUGCGCUCACAAAGGAACUGAAUGUGUGUAGGGAGCAGCUUCUGGAGAGAGAGGAGGAAAUUGCCGAACUGAAGGCAGAGAGGAACAACACUAGGCUGCUGUUGGAGCACCUAGAGUGCCUGGUCUCCAGGCAUGAGCGCUCUCUACGGAUGACAGUGGUGAAGAGGCAGGCACAGUCACCUGCCGGCGUAUCCAGUGAGGUGGAGGUGCUGAAAGCCCUGAAGUCACUGUUUGAACACCACAAAGCCUUGGAUGAGAAGGUACGAGAGCGACUACGAGUGGCUCUGGAGAGGUGCAGCUUGUUAGAAGAGGAGCUGGGUGCCACCCACAAAGAGCUAAUGAUUCUUAAAGAACAGAAUAAUCAGAAGAAAACACUAACAGAUGGAAUACUUGACGGAAACCAUGAACAGGAAAGUGCACCAAGCACCAACGGCAAGAGAUCUUCUGAUGGCUCCUUGAGUCAUGAGGAUCUUGCCAAAGUGCUGGAGCUGCAGGAAGUCAUAGACAGGCAGGCGAGAGAGCAGAGCCAGAUGAAGGAGCGCCUGGCCUCCCUGUCCAGUCAUGCAGCAGAACUGGAAGAGGAUCUGGACACAGCUAGAAAAGACCUCAUCAAGUCUGAAGAGAUGAAUACGAAACUGCAGCGAGAAGUCCGUGAAGCAAUGGCCCAGAAGGAGGAUAUGGAGGAGAGAAUCACCACCCUUGAGAAACGCUACCUCGCGGCACAGCGUGAAGCGACGUCUGUGCAUGACCUCAAUGACAAACUUGAAAAUGAAAUUGCAAAUAAAGACUCCAUGCACCGACAGACAGAAGACAAGAACCGCCAGUUGCAAGAGCGUCUGGAGUUGGCAGAGCAGAAGCUGCAGCAGACCCUGCGCAAAGCUGAGACGCUGCCAGAGGUGGAGGCUGAGCUGGCCCAGAGAGUGGCUGCACUCUCCAAGUCUGGUCCUUUGUCUUCUGGGAGUUCUGCUGCUAAGGAAGCAAAACUGUUGGAGCUUACUUCCAAGCUUAGGAAGGCUGAGGAGAGACAUGGCAACAUUGAAGAGAGGCUGCGGCAGAUGGAGGCACAGCUGGAGGAGAAAAAUCAGGAGCUGCAGCGGGCAAGGCAGAGAGAAAAGAUGAACGAGGAACAUAAUAAACGCCUGUCUGACACUGUGGACAAGCUGCUCUCGGAAUCCAAUGAGAGGCUGCAGUUGCAUCUGAAGGAGAGAAUGGCGGCGCUGGAGGACAAGAAUUCUCUACUAAGGGAAGUUGAAAAUGCAAAGAAGCAACUAGAAGAGACCCAGCAUGAUAAGGACCAACUUGUCCUGAAUAUUGAAGCCCUGAAGGCUGAGCUGGAGCAGAUGAGACUGAGAGGUCCUUCACUUCAUCAUGGCCGACCUCAUUUGGGCAGCGUCCCGGACUUCAGGUUCUCAGUGGCAGACGGGCAUGUGGAUGCUUACAGCACCAGUGCAGUGUUGCGGCGCCCCCAGAAGGGCCGGCUGGCAGCGCUGCGGGACGAGCCCUCCAAGGUGCAGACCCUCAAUGAACAGGACUGGGAACGGGCCCAACAAGCCAGCGUCUUGGCAAAUGUGGCACAGGCAUUUGAGAGUGAUGUCGAUGUGUCUGAUGGUGAAGAUGACGGAGAUACUCUGCUCAGCUCGGUUGACCUGCUGUCACCCAGUGGGCAGGCUGAUGCCCAGACCCUGGCCAUGAUGCUUCAGGAGCAGCUGGAUGCUAUCAACAAAGAGAUCAGGCUGAUACAAGAGGAGAAGGAGAAUACAGAGCAGCGGGCAGAGGAGAUUGAGAGCAGAGUGGGCAGUGGAAGCUUGGACAAUCUUGGUCGUUUUAGAUCAAUGAGCUCCAUCCCCCCCUACCCCGCUUCCUCGCUUGCUGGCUCCUCUCCUCCAGGCAGUGGUCGGUCCACACCAAGAAGGGUACCUCACAGUCCUGCCCGGGAGGUGGACAGGCUGGGUGUCAUGACUCUGCCUAGUGACUUAAGGAAGCACCGGAGACAGUUGCCAGCUUCCAGAGAAGAGGUACGAGACGACAAGACGACGAUAAAAUGUGAAACCUCCCCUCCCUCCUCCCCGAGGCCCCUGCGCUUAGACAGAAUGCACAAGGGCGCGCUGCACACGGUCAGCCAUGAGGACAUCAGGGACCUGAGGAACUCCACAGGCUCCCAGGAUGGUCCCGUGAGCAACCCUAGCAGUAGUAAUAGUAGCCAGGACUCCCUCCACAAAGCCCCGAAGAAGAAGGGCAUCAAAUCCUCCAUUGGCCGCUUGUUUGGGAAGAAGGAAAAGGGCCGGCCUGGUCCACUGGGCAAGGAGUCACCAGGGCAAGCUGGUGUUUCAGAGACAGAAAAUUCAUCUCAAGAUGCCUUGGGACUCAGCAAAUUGGGAGGACAAGCUGAGAAAAAUCGUAAACUUCAGAAAAAGCAUGAGCUGCUAGAGGAGGCCCGCAGGCAAGGGUUGCCUUUUGCACAGUGGGAUGGGCCCACAGUGGUGGUGUGGCUGGAGCUCUGGGUUGGGAUGCCUGCCUGGUAUGUGGCUGCUUGCCGUGCAAACGUCAAGAGUGGUGCCAUCAUGUCAGCCCUGUCAGACACCGAGAUCCAGCGGGAGAUCGGCAUCAGCAACCCCCUGCACAGGCUGAAGCUGCGGCUGGCCAUCCAAGAAAUAAUGUCACUGACUAGCCCUUCUGCCCCACCCACAUCCAGGACGACCACAGGAAAUGUCUGGUUGACACAUGAAGAGAUGGAAACGCUCACAGCCACGCCACAAACGGAAGACGAGGAGGGAAGCUGGGCUCAGACGCUAGCAUAUGGGGACAUGAACCAUGAGUGGAUCGGCAAUGAGUGGCUGCCUAGCCUGGGCCUGCCGCAGUACCGCAGCUACUUCAUGGAGUGCCUUGUAGAUGCCCGGAUGUUGGACCACCUGACCAAGAAAGACCUGCGAGGGCAGCUGAAGAUGGUUGACAGCUUCCACAGAAACAGUUUCCAGUGUGGAAUUAUGUGCCUGAGAAGGUUGAAUUAUGACCGAAAAGAACUGGAAAGAAAAAGAGAAGAGAGUCAGAAUGAGACAAGAGAUGUGCUUGUGUGGAGCAAUGAUCGAGUGAUUCGCUGGAUCCUGUCAAUUGGCCUUAAGGAAUAUGCCAACAACCUAAUAGAGAGUGGUGUUCAUGGCGCACUUCUGGCCUUGGACGAGACUUUCGAUUUUAGUGCCCUGGCACUCUUGUUACAGAUUCCAACGCAGAAUACACAGGCUCGAGCUGUCUUGGAAAGAGAAUUCAACAACCUUUUGGUUGCAGGGACUGAUCGGAGGUUUGAUGAGGAUGAUGACAAAAGCUUCAGGAGGGCACCUUCCUGGAGGAAGAAGUUCAGACCAAAGGACAUCCGCGGCUUGGCCUCUGGCUCUGCAGAGACGUUGCCUGCAAACUUCCGGGUCACCUCCUCUAUGUCAUCUCCCUCUAUGCAGCCAAAGAAGGUUCAGAUGGACGGUAGUGUGUCCGGAGCACAGAGGUUGGACUCUGCCACAGUCAGGACUUACUCCUGCUAGAGCCUCCUGCUGUUUACCCACACUACUUCUACAGAUGACACCGCUGAGGCACGGAGGGUGCAGAGCUCAUGGAGCCCCAUCUGGCAACUCUUGCUUUAUGGACCCAAGAUAUUUUAUUACAGAGUUUUUAAACUAGUGAAAAAAAAAUCAUAAAUACCAUAGAGAAAAUAUUUUAGAAUUGACUGUUUCUUAUAUUUAUGUA